UCAAUAUAGAAAUAGCAGAGGCGCAACAUAAGCUCGCGCACGCAAUAAAUUCCAAACUCCAAAAAGGAAAAUAAAAUUAAAAGAACGCGAGAGAAAGUCGGCGAAAAAAGAAAUUGUCUUUAGGGUUUUUGAAGUUUCUCGAAGAGGUUUUUGAAGAAUCAGCGAAUGGAUACUAAGAGAAUGCUGCAGAAUUCUGUACUGGCUUUAACAGAUGAUACUCUUAUUUCAAUUGGUACUGUAACAAAUGCGGCAAGGGAGGUUGCCAAUGAUGGAGUUGAUCAGUGUGAUCCUCAAAUUAUCACUCAAGCAUCAUCUCUAAGUAAGCUGCCAUUGGAGCCUUCCUCCGUGGAUAUUGUCAUUCCCAUCUUCAGAUCAAUUGAAUUUCCUGGUGACCUGUUGGUAAAGGAAAUGUUUAGAGUGUUGAAGCCUGGUGGAACCAUUCUGAUUUACAGUUCUCAGCAAUCUGUUAUAGGGGAAACUGACAAGGCAAUUUCUGGUCUUCAGCGCAAGUUGCUUUUGGGUGGUUUCUUGGAAGCGGAAGCUCUACAACCAAAACCUGUUGGCCUCUCCAAUGUCGUUUGUUCUUUUGGGGUCAAGGCCAAAAAACCUUCUUGGAAUAUUGGUUCAUCCUUUGCACUAAAGAAAUCUAUAAAAUCACCCGUCAAGGUUCAAAAUGAUGAUUAUUCAGAUUUGAUUGAUGAGGAUAGCCUUUUGACGGAAGAAGAUUUGAAGAAACCUCAGCUACCACCUGUUGGUGAUUGUGAGGUUGGAAGCACAAGGAAGGCUUGCAAGAACUGCACUUGUGGUAGAGCUGAGGAAGAGGAGAAAGUGAAGUUGGGACCGACUAUGGAUCAGCUGAGCAAUCCACAAUCAGCAUGUGGCAGUUGUGGACUAGGGGAUGCUUUUCGUUGCGGUACAUGCCCUUACAAAGGUCUUCCCCCAUUCAAACUUGGUGAAAAGGUUUCACUGUCUGAAAACUUUCUCGUGGCAGACAUUUGAAGUCAAAGUUGGAUUUAGAUGCUGCUUUUGGACAUUCGCAGCUUAUGAAAGCUUUUGUUUCCAGUUGGCUAUGAUUCAUUCAUAUAUAGUUUUACCCAUUCAAAUGUAGUCAACUUUAGUGUCCUAGAAAUGGUCCAUAAAAUGACCAAACAAUGUUUGAUGACGAGAAUAACAAACGAAUUUUGCUCUUCUUAUC